UUCCCAGUGUGCCCUGCGCGUCGCGGCCUUGUUCGCGCCUUGAGCCCGCGGAGGAGCCGCUGCUGCUGCCGCCAUGUCCGACUAUCCCGGAGCCCAGACCGGGAACCGCAAGGACGCGUUCGCUGAUGCCGUACAGAGGGCUAGGCAGAUUGCAGCAAAAAUUGGCGGUGAAGCCACCGGAGGCGUUAACAACACCCAGGAAUUUAAUUUUGGUGGUCAGAAAAGGCAGUUAGAAGAUGGAGACCAACCAGAGUGCAAAAAAAUGGCAACACAAAGUGAACCGAUCGCCCCACCUCUUACUCCAGUACAUCAACCUCGGUCCUCGUCGAUGACUGAAGAGUAUCGUGUGCCUGACGGCAUGGUGGGACUGAUCAUUGGCCGCGGAGGAGAGCAAAUAAACAAGAUCCAGCAAGAGUCGGGAUGUAAAGUUCAGAUCUCCCCAGACAGUGGAGGACUCCCGGACAGGGUUGUGUCACUAACUGGCUCCCAAGAAGCUGUGCAAAAGGCAAAGAUGAUGCUGGAUGAUAUAGUAGCUCGGGGUCGUGGAGGACCACCCGGCCAGUUCCACGACAGUGCCAAUGGACAGAACGGUUCCUUACAAGAGAUCAUGAUCCCUGCUGGCAAAGCAGGUCUCAUUAUCGGGAAGGGGGGAGAAACGAUCAAACAGCUACAAGAACGUGCAGGAGUCAAGAUGAUCCUUAUACAAGAUGGCUCACAGGGCACAAAUGUUGAUAAACCUCUGCGUAUUGUAGGAGAGCCCUUCAAAGUGCAGCAAGCCUGUGAGAUGGUCAUGGAUCUCUUACGAGAACGAGAUCAGGCGAAUUUCGGUGACAGAAAUGAGUAUGGCUCCCGAGGAGGAGGAGGUGGUGGCGGUGGUGGUGGUGGAGGAGGAGGAGGAGGCGGCGGCGGCAUAGAUGUUCCAGUUCCCCGACACUCAGUUGGGGUUGUGAUAGGGCGGAAUGGAGAAAUGAUCAAAAAAAUUCAGAAUGACGCUGGAGUCAGGAUACAGUUUAAACAAGAUGAUGGGUCCGGCCCUGAUAAGAUUGCACACAUUAUGGGUCCCCCAGAUAGAUGUGAUCACGCAGCCAGGAUAAUCGGUGACCUGUUGCAGAGUUUGAGAAGUGGUCCACCAGGACCUCAAGGCCCUGGCAUGCCACCUGGUGGCAGAGGAAGGGGCCGAGGGCAAGGGCCAUGGGGACCUCCCGGAGGAGAAAUGACCUUUUCCAUACCCACUCAUAAAUGUGGUCUAGUUAUUGGUAGAGGCGGUGAAAACGUGAAGGCAAUUAACCAACAGACUGGGGCAUUUGUGGAGAUCUCGCGGCAGCCGCCACCCAACGGCGACCCGAACUUCAAAAUGUUCAUUAUCCGCGGCUCACCCCAACAGAUUGACCAUGCCAAACAGCUUAUCGAAGAGAAGAUUGAGGGUCCCUUGUGUCCGAUUGGUCCCGGCCCUCCUGGUCCAGCUGGCCCCAUGGGUCCAUUUAACCCAGGUCCUUAUCCGCCUGGACCCCCAGGAGCUCCACCACAUCCGGGCCCUCCGCCGCCUCCACCUCCUCAACAGUACCCCCCACACGGUUGGGGCAGCACGUAUCCCCAGUGGGGGCAGCCUCCAGCCCCUCACGACCCCACAAAACCUCCUGCCCCCACAGACCCCAGUGCCGCCUGGGCCGCUUACUACUCGCACUACUACCAACAGCCACCUGCUCCUGUCCCCGGGCAGCCCCCUGCCGUCCCUGUUCCUCCACCUCAAGGAGAGCCUCCUCAGCAGCCCCCUCCUGCCAGCCAGCCCGACUACACAAAGGCUUGGGAGGAAUAUUACAAGAAGAUGGGUCAGCAGACGGCUCAGCCCACAGGACAGCCGGAUUACACAAAGGCCUGGGAAGAAUAUUACAAGAAACAAGCCCAAGCAGCAGCAGCUCCUGGUGCUCCUGUGGCAGCCACAGCGGCAGCUGCCACCGCAGCAGUGGCGUCAGCUGUUCCACCAACAGCACAACCAGAUUACAGUGCGGCAUGGGCAGAAUAUUAUAGGCAGCAGGCAGCAUACUAUGGACAGGCACCAGGAGCGCCACCCACGCAGCCUCCUCCGGCACAGCCGGGGCCACAGGCCCAGUGAAUGUCACCACUUGCCGUCACUCAUUGCCAGUCUGGAGAUGGGAGCCUCUGUUGCUGACCUCAGUGAGGGGAGAAGCUGUUUGAGAAGUCCCCUAGUUGUAUUUUUAUUUUAUUUUUUUUAGGACAUUUUCCUGUUUUGUCCUUCAUCCUUUAUCAGUUUUUCAUCUUGGCCCCCGUGGAAGUCCAUUCAGUGACAGGGCAGGUUCUAGACAUUAGGACUAAUCUGAGUGCCUCCCGUCCACUCACCCCCAGCAGUUACAAAACACGGUUUUAUUCACUGGAGCUGCCUGUGAGUAAUUAAAUAUAUCUAUUAUUUUUUAUGUAAGGAGAUUAUCCCCCCCUCCCCCGAUGUCCCCGUGCUUUUAGUUGGUUGAACAUUCCCUGGUGACAUCCCCCAUGCUGUCUGCUGGUCCCACACCUGCAGCUGGGGCCUUGUGAAGUGCGCCGGUCCCGCCCGCAAAUGGGGGGGUCGUGAUGUGUUUUGUCUGUUCAGAGACAUGGAAACUGUACGCUGAGUUUUUACUUUUUAUUGCCUGUUUUUAACUUCACAAUAAACAAUGACAAAACUC